AUGGCGACCCCGAUUCCCCUCGACUUAACAGGCAAAACCGCCCUGAUAACAGGUGGGUCGAACGGCAUUGGGGCGGCGAUGGUGCAAGCCUACGCGAGGCUCAACGCGAGCAUCGUGAUCGCUGACCUUCCCUCGACGUCCUCGUCUGCAAAGAAGGUCAUCGACUCUCUCAAGCACCCCGCUCGUGCAAUUUUCGUGCCAGUGGACAUCACCGACUGGUCAUCAAUGGUUGGACUGUUCAAGACCGCGAUCUCCAGAUUCGGGACAGUAGAUAUCGUCGUUGCGAACGCGGGCGUUAUGGAGACGAAGCCAUUCUUCGAUUUCGAGGUCGAUGAGGCCACCGGUGAUCUGAGGGAGGAUGCUGGGGUUACCAGAGUGCUUGAUAUCAAUUUGAAAGGGACGAUGAAUACUCCAUCCACGGCACAAACCUCGAAGCAAACGGCCUCCCUACGAGCACAGCAAACACGAGGCAGCAUCGUGCUGAUAUCUUCGACCUCAGGCUUCUUCGGCGGCACGUCAGUGGUGAGCUACUGCGCAUCGAAGCACGGCGUGAUCGGGCUACUGCGGGCAUCACAAGCGGCGGCGCGUCGGUUCGGCAUUCAGGUCAAUGGGGUUGCGCCAUUCAUCACGCCGACGUUCAUCACCGAGGCGUACUCGGGAAAAUAUCGGCGGCGGGGACUGCCGUUGAAUACGCCGGAGAACGUGGCGGAUGUGGUUGUUGGCACGAGUUUGGCCCUUGGUGCUGAACAGGCUUCAGGGAUGUGUUUCUUGGUCGCAGGUGGAACGACCCGAGAAGUUGAAGGACCGCGCAACGCCGCGGUAGCAUCUUACAUGGGCGAAUAUGUGAAGCUGGCGUUGGACCAGGCGAGAGAAUUCUUCGAGGAUUUGGGUGGCUACCCUCUGCCUCAGGCACGGGUUUGA